AUGAGUGACCGACAUUUUGUGGAGAUUUCUGGUCGCCAAAUCUCUGCUUCUCUGAGGAUGCUCAAGCUUGAGAUGUCAACAGACAUUCUUCUGAUCUUUAAUCUUUAUGUCAAGGCUUUGGCACAUCAACCAACAUAUCCUCUUCCGAAGUUUGAUAAGCUGAAGAUCCUUGAUGUUCGCUUGCUGUGUUUCACCACAGAUUAUGACAGGCGCAAUAUAAUCGUGGAAUUACUUAUCAAUUCCCCAUAUUUGGAGUCACUAAUUGUGUCGCAGGUGGAGAGAGGAGUAUGCUCUUGUACAGGUAGAGGAUCCAAGAUUGAAAAUCACUUGGAAGAUGUUCCGAACUUGGCUGCAGGUAAUAUUUUAGCUCAUCUAAAGACAGUGAGAUUCGACAACUUUCAUCGUUGGGUGAAGGAGAUAUACCUUGUCAAGUUUUUGUUGGAGCAUGCAUCUGUACUGGAAGAGUUCAUAAUUCAUCUCAAGCAUCGUCCAGUUGUAGACGAGAAACUCUUGGAAUUGAAACUCCACUCCUCUAAACCAAUAGGUCCGUCACCGUCAUUUACCUCGUCGCGGUCGGCAAUAUCAACCGAGCUUCCGACGCCACCGCUCUUCUUAUUCAAUUUCAUGAGGAAGCGAGGGAAAGCAAGUUCUCGCCUAGCAAACUCUUUCACCGUUUAUGUUGUGAAUGACACCUCAAGACGGCAUGCAGUUCAGAAUUCAGGUUUUUUUUUGAAACGUAAAGACGGUACCACACUGCAGACAUUCAUGAUUACUCUUGCUGUUUGUCUAUAUACUACUUCGGAAACGAUUAAAACAAAAGCAAAAUUUAUUGUUAAAAAGAACGGCAGUCAAGAUUUCUACUCCGAACGGGCAGCCCACAAAAAAGCUGUAGAGAAAAAUGGAUAUUCAUCAAUGAAUUCCCAAGCAGUGGAUGAGUUGGGGAACGAAGCUAAAGGUAAAGGUAGGGUUAUUCCUAGAAGUGUGAAGAUCCGUUCUGAAAAUGGAGAUAGAAUGAAUGAGGAUGAUGAUUCGGAUAGAAGCUCAAAACACGACCCUUCCCGAUUUGAGCUAGACUCUGUUUUCGGUCCAAGUUUAUUUGAUACUAAUUCAUUGACCAAAUUGUAUCUGCUUGAGAUUUCUGGUGGCCGGAAUAUGAACUUCACAUAUAGAGGGAUGGAUUGUCGAGCUCGUUUGAUAUUAGAAAAGUUUUCUGCUUCUCUGAAUGUGCUUGAUCUGUCCAUGGAAGUUAUUGUGGUAUUUGAUAAGCUGAACAAUGUGAUUAUUCGUCUACCCUGCACAGCCGGUGGUUACAUGUGCGACGUUGUCCUGGAAUUUCUCAAGAAUGCGCCGAAUCUAGAGGCGCUCGUGAUUUUACAGGAAGAAUCCAAGGAUCCAUUCAGUUAUCUUCCAAUUUACGGGAUCUUCUCGUCCUCAUGGACUCGUGUCCCUCCGCACAUCACUGGUUAUACGACACUAAAUGGAUUUGGCUGCGGUUUUGGACUCGCCUUCGGUCUCAUCGGCGGUACGGGUUUUGGAGCCGGGGUGCCGGGUCUACAGCUGGGUUUGGGAGUCGGAGCAGGUUGCGGAAUUGGGUUGGGAUUUGGGUAUGGAGUUGGCCGAGGUAUUGCUUACGAUCACAGCCGCAGAUAUUCCAACAUCGACGGCUUCAAGUUUCCCUCCCCGUCAACCCUCUUCCCCAAUCAGGAUGAGAUUGGUGGCCUGAUUGAUGAGCUUGUAGUGAACACCAAGAAGCUUGUCGACGCUACUGCCAGAGAGAUGGAUAAAUGGAGAAGGCCUUGA